CACGAAGAUGAAUAGUUUGGUGCUUUGUGUAGUAACAUUGGCGACUUUAAGUAGUUAUGUGCAAUGUCCUUCUAGUUUCAAAAAAUGCGAUAAGAGACGAAGCGAUUUCAACCAGUGUUUAAGUGAGGUUAUUUAAAACAGUCUUAAACUAUUCGACAAACCUCAACAAUCGCAUGGUUUACCGAAUUUGUAUCAUCUUGAAUUUCCGCCAGAUGUGGUUAUUGAAAUAGGGAAUCGUACGUAUGGAUUAUUACAAAAGUAUAACAAAUUCAGUAUUGUUGGUCUUACUAAACCCGAGAGUGUAAAAGCCAGUGUUUUCGUACUAAUAUAAGCACAGAAAAAUUUAAAUCUCAUUAAUCCCAGGCUAGUGCAGAAAUGAACACCUUAUUCAUCCGUGUGAUAACUUUGGCGACUUUGUGCAACUGUCUGCAAUUUCUUGAAGCUUCUAGUUUCAAAAAAUGUGACAAGAGACGAAGCGAUUUCAACCAGUGUUUAAGUGAUGCUAUUUACACUAAUCUUAAACUACUCGACAAACCUCAGAAGUCGUUUGGUUUACCAAGUUUAUAUGAUCUUGAAUUUCCACCGGAUGUUGUUACUGAGAUAGGAAAUCGUACGUAUGGAUUAUUACAAAUGUUUUCUAAAUUCAGAUUCAGUGGUCUCACUAGACCAGAGAGUGUAACAGCCAGUUUAGAUUUUGACCCUCUAGUUAGUACCUUAAGAAUAGCAGCUACUUACCCUCAAGUGACCGUGCAGAUGGAAUACGAAGCUCAAGGUACUAUUGUUCUUCUGCCUUUGAACGUUGCAACAUCUGUCGAUUUUAUAUUGAAUAAUCCGACGUUUGUUUUUACAUUUAAACUGGAAGAGUACGACAAAGGUGCUACGUACUUUAGAGUAAUCGAGUCGGAGUUCGAUGCCCAACCACAGGACUUCAAGCUUCAUUUUAAGCAGUUAUUCACGAAUAAACGGCUUAAUGAGGAAUUUAAUUCUGCGCUGAGUGAAAAGGGACUACAAACUUUCCACAUUCAUAAGCACCUACAAGUGAUAUUUGCACCACAUUUUGGUUCCAUCGUUAAUAGUUUCCUGGAGAAAGUACCAGCUGCUGAGCUUUUUGUUGAAUAGACGGGACGGAUUAGUUAACAAUAAAGAGUUUGAGCUUG